AGGCCGCCUUGGCUCCAGCGGGGCCCCGACCCCUCGCCGCCCGGCAUGGUCGCGGCGGCGGCGGCCUGCGAGGCGGGGGAUGCGGAGGCGCCCGCGAGGCGGGAGGGGGAGGCCGGCGGCGCCCCAGGAGGCGGCGAGGGCGAGGCGAAGAAGAGCCCCUUCGCCAUGGCGCUCCUGCACAUCAAGUGGGCCUCCUUCCUGCAGAGGGCGGGGCAGUUCGACCGCGCAGUGGAGCACUUCACCAAGUCGUCGGAGUUCCACCCCAACGCGCGGGCAUACUUCGGCCUCGGCACGUGUCUUGCGGCGCUGCGGCGGCGACAGGAGGCCGCGGAUGCGCUGGCACGAGCCGUGGAGCUGAGCCCGAAGAUGGUGGCGGCGCGCGUGAAUCUCGCGGGGGUGCUCAUCUCGCUGCAGCGCUUCGAGGAGGGGGCGGCGCACUGCCGGGUCGCCCUGCAGCGCGAGCCGCACGGCCGCGAGGCGGUGAUGAACCUGGCCAAUGCGCUGCGGAACCUCGGGCGCAGGUCCGAGGCCAUCGAGCUCGUGUGGGAGCACAUCCGCGGUGCCGAGGCGGACGCAGCCGCGGACGUUGACGCCGCCGCCGCCGUGGAACCCUCCGGCGUGCAGACGUCAGGCGCAGCGCCCGCCGCGGCGGGCGGCCCGGCGGCAGCGGGGCAGCCCGUGGGCGGCCAGAGGGCCGCGGUGCGCUGCAGCGACUGGCGGGGCUGCCGAGACGCGCCGCUGCCCCUCGCCGUGGUGUGCGUCAAGUGGGGCAGGCGGUACGGCGCUGAGUACGUGAACCGCCUGCACGCCGGGGUGCGUAGGCACCUGCCGGCCGAGCGGGCGGAGGCCUCCUUCCUCUGCUUCACCGACGACCCCUCCGGCCUGGACGAGGGCAUCCGGGCAAUGCCCCUGCCCGAGGGCCUGCCGCUGUGGUGGGGCAAGGCGCACCUCUUCAGCGAGGAGGCGGGGCUGGACGGCCACCGGGUGCUCUACCUGGACCUGGACCAGGUGAUCGUGGGGAGCCUCGCGCCCCUGGUCAGUUACGAAGGGCCUUUUGCGCUGCUCAGCACGGACGGGAUCGCCUGCGAGCUGGCCGGCGGAGGCUACAACUCGUCCGUCGUCUCCUGGGAGGCCUCCCCCUUCUUCCGCGCCAUCUCCGCGGGGCUCUCCGAGGCGGUUCUGAGAUUCGUGCACCGCUUCGACCACUGGCUCGAGAUGAGCGUCGAGGGUGCGGACCUCUGGCAGCUGCUCCAGCCGGGCUGCGUCGUGGAUUACACCGCCGUGUUUCGGGGCGGCGUCUGUCUCGGCUCCGGGGAGGAUGAGGAGGUCGAGUCGCAGCCGCCGGCCAGGGGCGAGGGCGAGCAGGAGGAGGGAGCGGAGAGUGCGGUCGCCGCACCGCAUUGCGCCCCGAGGGAGCCGCCGCAGAGUGCGGCUGUAGUCACGUUUCCGCGGAACCCGAAGCCGCACGACGUGGCAGAGCGGCACGACUGGGUGAGGCUCCACUGGAUCGGGCAUGCGGGAUAGCGUGGGCGGCUCGUUCCUGCCUCCUCCUCUCUCCUCCAGUUUUGCUCCCU